CCCCCAUUUCCCCCUUUCCUUUCAUUUUGCUUUCCUCUCUUUUCCAGGUACUUCCAACUUUACUAUUUCUCUGUGCUCUUCUUCUGCUUCUUAAGCAAUUCCAUCCUCUCAUUCAUCCUCAGCCUCCCCCAUAGAUCUCUCUCUGUGAAAGAAACAAUUGAGAAGAAGCAGAGGGCUCUCUCUCUCUCUCUCUCUCUCUCUCUCUCUCUCUCUCUCAUGGCGGCCACAGAAGGAAACUCAGAGCCUCCCAAACCAGAGCCUCCUAAAACAGAGUGCCCUCCAGGUACCCAAGAAGUUGUUUCAGAAGAGAAGGAAAAUACCCCAAACCCUCCUCCUCCAGAGCCAGCUCUGAAAUAUAAGACAUGGGUUUUGAAGGUCUCCGUUCACUGCGAAGGAUGCAAAAGGAAAGUUAAGAAGAUCCUCAACAACAUCGACGGGGUUUAUACGACGGACGUUGAUUUGAGGCAGCAAAAGGUGACAGUGAUCGGUAAUGUCGAGGGGGAGACUCUGAUUAGGAAACUGGUGAAGACCGGGAAGCACGCCGAGCUCUGGCCGGAAUCCAACCCCGGCGAACAGAAGAAAAAGAAGAAGAAAUCGAAGAAAGAGAAAGAAAAGCAGGAAGACAGCGACGAAGAUGGGGGAGAAAACGAGAAACCGGAAGUUCUUCAACUUCAGAAUCCUUCUAAAACAGGCGAAAACGGCGCGGUGAGAGUUGCGGUUCAGUUCAAGGAGAUGAAGAUUGAGACGGUGAAGCAGUGUCCGCCGAUGGGUUCAAUGGCGGAGCCUCCUGUAGCGGAGAAGAGAGUCGGGUUCGAAGGAGGCGACUGUGGCGCCGCCGAGACGAGCGGCGGCGCUGCAAAGAAGAAAAAGAAGAAGAGAAAAGGUAGCGGCGGCGGAAAUGGAAACGGCGGUGGGGAGCAAGGUGAGCAACAGCAGCCCUGCGACGCGCCGCCGCACGGCGGAUCUCCUCCUCCUCCCGCUCACGGCGGUGGCGGUGGUCAAACGCAAGUGCAUGUGCCGUACCCGGGGACCAAUCACCACGCGCCACAUCAUCACCCGCAUCAAUUCCCUCCGCCCCACCAUUACUACGCGCCACCGGUGUACGCGGUGAGUUACAAUACGGCGUACCCCAGUACAAGCUUCGGUGCGUCCUACUACGCCCCUCCGCAAUAUUCCUACGCGCACGUCCAACAGCCGUCGGAUCUGGGCUACUCGUAUCGUCCGUCCGAUUCGUUCGAGAUCUUCAGCGACGAGAAUCCCAAUGCUUGCUCAGUUAUGUAAGAAUAGAAUGUGGGAUGGAGUCUUAUAUUUUCUUGUGUGGGUUCUUUCUAAGGAGUUUACGACUUGGGCCAAUAUUUUUGUAAUGGGAAGUGGUAAAACUGUAAAAUUUGUGGGGUGAAAUUAGGGAUUUUCUUUUGUUAACUUUGUAUUUAAGGUAGAUAUAAUAUAUUAGCUAUAACUAUUAAGCAGCCGGGAAUUAUAGCCACAACUAUUGAAAUACAAAUUAUUAGUCAGUCGUUAAGUCUUCGC